GCAGAGCACGAAUUCUGAGUAUUGCGCACCAUACUUGGCUGAAUGUCACGUCACUCACUCAUGUAAAUGGGGAACCUGUCUUGUGUAAAGUCAUGUUUGUUCAAUGAUAUAAAAAGAAAACUUAUUUUGACUUCUAAAGCCAUUUUUUGUAAAUAUAAAUUGUAUUUUUCUUUUUUUUUUUGCUUUUCAAAACCUUCAUUUUAGGCUUAGUAUAUGCAAUUAAUUUGAAUACAUUUUUAAAUGAUUUACAAUCUUAAUUUUUUUGUUAUUUAUAGUAAUAUAUAAAUUAAUGAUGCAUAUUGCAUAUAGCAUCUUUAUGUAAGAUAGCAUACUUUAAUAUUCAUAAAUCAAAAUACACUGAUCUUCUAUAGAUCUGAACAUUAUUGACCUUCCCUGUAACUAAUACAUAUUUUUGUUCUGACUAUUGUGCCACAAGCUUCACAGAAUAACCCCCUCAUCCUUCCACAAUGCAGUAGAGUUUGGUGUUUGUUGGCCUGCUCACUGCAUGGCGCUAUAUUCUCGGUUUAUAACCUCAAACCAACACAUCGCUAGCUAUCAGAUAAACAAUGCAACUUGAAUAGGGUUGUGUAGUGUGGCCGUCGAAAGUCUCAGUUCUCAGAAAUGAUGCUUGCAUCUUUACAGAGGAACUAGGUGUUAAAGUGUUUGGCUAAUAGCUCAGUCUGCACUAAUCGGCAAACAACCCAGCAGCAGAAGUUAAGUUCUGAAGCGCAGCAAACGGCAUUGUGAAGCUUACUUUAUGAGAACUCUGCUUCCAAUACAGUUCUAAUGGAAAACACAAUGAAUUCAACUUCAGAUAAUGAUUAUAAUUAUGACAAUUAUGAUCAAGAAAAUGAAAAUAAAUCUGAAAUCGGCCCUGGUGAGAAUGGAACUGUACAUCUUGAAUACUGCAGGGAAGCAGCAUGUAUAAUUAUGGUGAUCUUUAAUGUGAUCAUAUUCCUUCUUGGCAUCAUUGGAAAUGGCGCGGUGAUCUGGAUUACUGGUUUUAAGAUGAAGAAGUCAGUGAACACCACCUGGUACCUGAGUCUGGCUCUGUCUGACUUCAUUUUCUGCGCUACUCUCCCUCUCACCAUUGACUACACGUUGAAGGGGAGCUGGAUCUUUGGGCUCUUCAUGUGCAAGUUCAACUCUUUUGUUAUGACCCUCAAUAUGUACAGCAGCAUUUUCAUCCUGGUCAUCAUUAGUGUGGAUCGCUGCAUCACCGUCAAGUUUCCCGUCUGGGCCCAGAAUCAGCGCACUGUACAGAAAGCUUCUGUAGUUGUUUUGUUACUUUGGUUCGUGUCUUCUUUGCUUAGCAUUCCACCUGCCAAAUUCAGAGAGACUACGAAUCAUGGAUCAAAAGACAUAUGCUAUAACAACUAUGAGAAGAAUCAACACAAAACUGUUGUGUUCAUGCGCUUUACUUUUGGGUUUUUGAUUCCAUUCCUGACCAUCUUCACCUGUUACUCCAUCCUGAUCCGUAAACUUAGAGCAAACCAAAUGUCCAAAUCCACUAAGCCCUACAAGAUCAUGACGUUACUGAUCACAACUUUUUUCAUCUGUUGGUUGCCAUUUCAAGUAGUUUCCAUUUUAGAGUUGAACCGAACCAAGCACAGCACUGCCUAUAACACAGCCCAACUAGUAACCGCCAGUCUCGCCUGUGCAAACAGCUUUCUAAACCCGUUCCUCUAUGCAUUCAUGGCCAAGGACUUUAAGAAGAAAUGUUAUUCCUUUCUUUCCAAGAUUGAGAGCGCCAUUGAUGAGGAGACCCGAAGUGCUUUCAGAGCAACUUCAAUCACCAAUUCUGUGGAUAACAGACAUUCCACUGCUGUAUGAAAUUUUAACACGAGUCAUGGACUAAAGAGGAUUCUGGCUCAUAGAAAUGACUUUGCAUUAACAAGAAGUGCAGUUAUUUUGUUUGUAGCAUGCUUGAGCUUGGAAAAUUAAAAGUAGAAGUUAAGAAAAUUUAAAUAGAGGUUCAAUAUAAGCUACUUUACAAGUCGUUCUAUUUUGUCUAUGAUAGCUAUUAAAUAUUUACAGUUUUUAUCUUACCAUGUUACUGAUUAACACAAGGGGUCUGGUGGAUGGGGAAUUUAGGUUUUAAAUUAAAUGUUUUUUGAAUGUAUGUAUUUAACAUCAUUUGGGCAAGAUCAACAAAUGUUGUCAUGCUCCACAUCUCUCUCUUUGUUUUCUAACAAAUACAUCAAAAAUAUAUAAUAAAAAUAUUGUCUAACCAUUCUGUUUCCUUAAGUGCUGGGAAUUCUCUUAUUUAAUAUGCCUAUAAAUUAAAUCUAUUCACAAUACAUUCAGAAAGACACAGCAUUGUUUAUUUUUGAUAUGAUAAACAUUGUGAUACUUCCUAUCUUUCAAUACUUCCUGUUUCAAGCAUUGCAGAAAUAUAAUUGCAUGUAUUUGGUAGUUUCUGCUUUAUUUUCUAAGAUUUAUAGACCUGAUUUGCAGUUUUCAUAAAAAAAGAUACAGGGCUGAAGACUGUAGCUCAACUGGUUGCAAUGUAACAAAAUGUAAAAAUUUAAGACAAUAGUUUAAAACCAAGUCGCCUUGGCAUCCCUAUGUGGUUCCUGUAUCAUUUUGACAAAUGACCAGACAAAAAGGUGGCUUAGAUUCAAUUCAUUUAGUUGCAGUCUGCAGCUCUUCACCUCUGACCAUUUAGUAUACAGCGGCAGUGAGUCAUUUUCUAACCAGACUGACUAGUGUUUGGAAAUAAACCCUCCCACAUAUUAAAUGUAUGGCGAGGAGCCUCAGUCUCAGCCGUUAUGACCGCAGCAUCCUUAUUACCAAAGAUGCUUAAUUUAGCUCUGAGCACUGGCUGCUCAAGUGCUGCUCCUAUCACACCUUCUCUGU